UAAAAAAAAAAAAAAACUGAUCUUACUGUUGCUAUUGUUGAUAGUUUAUCCAAUUUGAAAAUACUUGUUGCUUAGUACACAUUUUCCUACCUUCAUUUAUUCACUCAACUUAAUCAUGAAAAAUGGGGGGCUUGAGAACUACCUCAUGUGCCUAUAUAUGCUGUUUAAGGCCUUCUUUGGCUCUCACAUCCAAUGAACACAAUGGGUUGCAGGUUCCUUAUCUUCAUAUUUUUCAGUUCUCUUCCAUUUGUUGUUCUUUGUCAGUAUUCAUCCUUCAACAAGAUUCAAUUGCCACCAAAUGUCACAAGUGCGGUGGCUGUCACCUUCGACUUUUUGGGAAGAGGACCUUUUGUUGCUGUCUCUGAUGGCAGGAUUCUCCAGUGGCUAGGCCCCUUAUUUGGUUUCAUGGAUUUUGCUUACACUGCACCAAACAGGAACCAGCAAUUGUGUGAUGGUACAACUGACCCAAAUUUGGGACCUAUAUGUGGCAAACCAUUUGCUUUGAGCUUCAGCCUGAAAGGAUAUCUCUACAUUGCUGAUGCUUAUUUUGGCCUCUUAGUGGUUGCUCCAACAAAGUAUAGGGGUUCUCUUGGGACCCUGUGUCAAAUUGGCACAUGCCUUGGAAUUAUUGCAUCACUCAUUUUAGGAAGUCCUUCAGAAAAUGAUCCCCACUGGGUACAUGUUGCACUAAUAAUGGAUACAGAAAUGGGACUUUUGGCGACCAAUAUUUUGGUCGCUAAUCCUGUCAUUUCCUGUAGUGUUGGACCUAAUGGAGGACUUGCAACCCAACUCGCCACUAGCGCAGAAGGCGUGCCUUUUCGCUUCCUUAAUGCUGUGGAUGUCGACUUACUCACUGAAACUGUUUAUUUCACAGACUCCAGUGAAACACUCGAGCUAAGAAAUGUAACGCAGCCAGGCAUAAUAAGCGAUUCAACAGGAAGGUUAAUGAGAUAUGAGCCUCUGACGAGGCAGGUCACCGUGUUGCUAAGAGGGCUUGCAAUGCCUAGUGGGGUAUCAGUGAGUAUCGAUGGAUCAUUCAUGCUCGUUUCAGAGUACACUGGGAAUAGGAUUCAAAAGUAUUGGCUCAGAGGCUUUAAUGGUGGUACCUCGGGGAUUCUUUUAAACCUUCCUGGAAAUCUGACUAAAAUCAGAAGGAACCUAUUCGGAGAUUUUUGGGUUCCAGUAAGGGUAUUGGGCAAUCAACAACCAACACCGAUUGUAAUGCCUCAAGGUUUAAAGAUCAAUCAAUUUGGAACAGUGCUGGCGAAUGUAUCUUUUGCCGCACAAUACAACAACACAGUUAGUGUGGUGCUAGAGCAUAAUGGUGCAUUGUUUGUUGGCUCUCGUUCUGUUGAUUUUAUUGGUGUCUACACGUACUGAA